GCUUUUUAUAUCUCUGGAUGGAAAGAAAAUGUGUGAAGCAUCCAAAGAUCCUAAUUGCUGGAAAGUUUGUUGACUGCUAUUUCCUGAAAGUCCUGAAACUUAAACAUCAAUCUGGCAUGGCACAGGGAAACCAGAAGUUAGAUAUGCAGGUACUCCUUGACCUCCGGCAACGUUUUCCUGAGAUUCCUGAAAGUGUGGUGUCUCAAUGCAUGCGCCAGAAUAACAACAAUCUUGAUGCUUGUUGUCGAAUUCUUGCACAAGAGAGCAACAAAUACCUAUAUAUGGAGUAUCACAGCCCAGAUGACACCCGAGUAAACAGGAAUCGUCUUCUGCAUAUUAACCUUGGCAUCCAUCCUCAUACUAACUAUGGAGGGGAUGGACCUCAACUUAAUGGUGGUCGUACACUGGUACAUAGUUCAAGUGAUGGACAUAUUGAUCCACAGUGCACCCCAGGAAAGCAGCUGAUCUGUUUAGUUCAAGAACCACAUUCUGCUCCUGCUGUUGUAGCAGCUUCUCCAAACUAUAAUCCUUUUUUUAUGAAUGAUCAGAAUAGAAAUGCAGCUACUCCUCCUCCACAGACACCUCAGCAGUCUUCUCCUAUGCAGCCUGGAAUGAAUACAUCUACUAUGCAAAGCCCUCCUCCUCCAUAUAUGCAUAUACCUCGGUACAGCACAAAUCCCAUAACUGUUACAGUUUCACAAAAUCUCCCUUCUGGGCAGCCUUUACCCAGAGCUUUACAAAUUCUUCCUCAAAUUCAAAGUACUCCCUAUGGAAGUCCUGGAUCACUCUAUAUUAGGCAGACAACUUCAGGACGACAGACUCCUACUCAAAGUACACAGUGGCAUUCGUCACCACCAGGUCCAAGUCCACAUUAUAAUCCACAUCCAUUACCUGUCUAUCCACACCAACAGAGCUAUCAACCUUCUCAGUAUUCUCCCAAGCAGCCUCAAAUUCCUCAGUCUCCUUUUCAAUCACCACCUGCUUCCCAGUGUCCUUCUCCUUUUGGAUCACCUCAGCAUCAAGUUCAGCCCAGCCAAUUAGGACAUCAAAGUUCCCAUGUAUUUAUGCCUCCUAGUCCUUCAACUGUGUUACCCCAUCCAUAUCAACAAACACCACAGACAUAUCAAAAACCAAGUGGACACUCAGUAUCUUAUCUCCCAUAUGGUGGAUCUACUUUAUCUAAAGGCUCCAUGAACAAGAUAGAAAUUACUGUUGAACCACCACAAAGACCUGGGACUACACUUAAUAGGAGCCCUUCACCUAUAAGUAAUCAGCCAUCCCAACGGAAUCAGCACCCACUAUAUACACCUGCAACUCCUUCAAGUUCCCCUUCCAAAAGUAUAGCAGGUCAACCUAAACCUCCUUAUAGUGUUAAUCCUGUAUAUAUAACAUAUACACAACCAGUUAGACCUUCAGGUGUUCUUACACAGUCCCCUCGUGUAAUGGUAUCUCAGCCAAAUCCAGCAGUUUUUAAAAUCACAGUAGGUCGAGUUCCUGCUGAGAAUCUUCUAAAUUUAGUGGACCAAGAAGAACAUUCUGCAGCACCAGAACCUAUUCAACCCAUUUCAGUUGUACCAGGAUCUGGAGGUGAAAGAGGAAGACAUAAAUACCAGAGAAGUUCCAGCUCUGGAUCAGAUGACUAUGCUUAUACUCAAGCUUUGCUGUUACAUCAACGUGCAAGGAUGGAGAGGUUAGCAAAGGAGCUGAACUUUGAGAAUGAGGAACUUGAGAAACUUAAAGCUGACGUAAAUAAUAUGGAACAUGAUCUUAUGCAAAGGCGUCUGAGAAGAGUGAGCUGUACAACCUCAAUCCCAACACCCGAGGAGAUGACAAGAUUGAGAAGCAUGAAUAGGCAGCUCCAGAUAAAUGUAGACUGUACUCUGAAAGAAAUUGACCUCCUUCAGUCUAGAGGAAACUUUGACCUGAAAGCCAUGAAUAAUUUUUAUGAUAAUAUAGAGCCUGGUCCUGUUGUGCCGCCAAAGCCAUAUAAAAAAGACCAUCAAAAUAGUUCCAAGCCAGUUCUGCGAUCACAGCCAAGAGAUGAGGACUUUGAAGGAGCUCCAUGGAAUUGUGACAGCUGUACUUUCUUGAAUCACCCAGCGCUGAAUCGUUGUGAGCAAUGUGAAAUGCCGCGGUAUGCCUGAAUUUAUCAAAGUCUACUUUGUAUUAAGAUGGGCUUUGAGAUCUCAGCCAUAGAUGAAAUUUUGAGGGAUCUUUUAGUUCUCCACCAGGUCAAUUUUUGAGAGAAAAAUCUCCUUUUCAUUUAUGCUGCACUAAAGAUUAGUUUAUGGAAACAUACUCUUAUCCCAUGGUGGUAAGAAAGUCGGAAAUGAUAUUCUGAAUCCAAGAUGGAUUUUCUUUGAAGUAUGUAUGCAGGGAAACAAGUGAUUAUUGUUGUUCUAGCCCCCAUAAUUACAUUUGCUUGUUAGUAGUGUGUGCGUGUAUGUAUGUGUGUAUGUGUGUGUGUGUGUGUGUAUAUAUAUAUACAUACAUACAUACAUACAUACAUACAUACAUACAUACAUACACAUAUACGUUGAACGAUUACUUUGUGAAGUGUUACAGAUAUGCAGACAAACUGUGAAGAACCAGAGCUGAUCUGGCCAGAGCAAGCUGGAAAACAAGAGCUCCCUAUGUUUCCAGAUUGUAAACUACUGAAAAAGGGAGAAUCAAAGAACAGAAAAGGAUAAUCUGAAAUGCUGCUUUUUUCAGGGUAAAUUAAGUCUACACAAUUCUGUUUUUAUAUUGUGAAUCAUGGUGAAGAGGGAAAAGUACUGUACAAUCUUAUUUAUAGGGUACAACCAGAAGUGAUUUUACAGUCCCUUUUGCUUGUACAGCACUCACCAAAUCAUGCAAACACUGGUAGUUAAAUAAUUAUACCAUAUUACACAGGAAAAAUAGUGCUGCAUGCUUUCAUUAGACCCUUGUGUUUUAAAGCUAAAAAUUAAAAGUAUACGUUUAUUAAUUACUGGUAUUUUCCCUUGAAACUGAUUGACAGUGGAUCGGACAUGUACCAAAUGCAGAACUGUUCCAAAUUCUUUUUGGAAAACUUGAGUUCAGCCAUCGAUAGUAUAAGAAAUGUUUGCACACUCUUUCUUAGGCCUUUCAGCUUCCACUUAUGUGAAGAAUUCAUGAUGUUUACAGCACAGAAGGUACUUUGUACCCCCAUUCUGAUUUCGCUGUAAACCACUCAUCAAUAUGAACUCUCCAAUAAAGUUUAUUUGCACAUUGUCAGUCAACUAACUUGUAUUAAUUAGUAUGAGUGGUGGUUUUUGAAAUGUUGCACAUUGCAUUUUGGUGUGAUCCUUAGUCAGUUAAAGGGUAUUGAAAAUCCAGAAAUUGAAUUGUACUAGUACCUGUAUGAAUAUGCUAAUCAUGAAUAGGAUGUGAAUGCUUCAGGAUACUGAAAUAAAGCAGUCUUCUGAGUUUGAAGUUGAGUCAAAAAUAAAAUUGCUUAUGAAUAAACAGAAUUCCUUUUCACACUGAUGAAUCACUAGGGCAGUGAAUUUUACUUCUUACACAUUCAUUACUCUAGAUUUUGCAGGGAUUGCAAAAUGGAGAAUCAUAUUUUACUUGUGCAUAUCUUGCUCUUAUCUUGGUAUUAUAUAUGAUAUAAUUUCUGUUCAAAUUGAAAUGUAUUGAAUGCAAUAGAUGUUCGUCCAUAAAAUUCUUACAGAAGCUAUAUGGAAUCAAGCUUGAUUCAAUCAGUCAGUCAAAUAGAACAAUUACAUUAGUGGUCAUACUUAAGAUUUUUUUAGUUGACUUUUACACUAUAACAAAUAUGAUUCUUGAGAGGUUAAAAGGGAACUUUUAAGAAUUCUGUAUCCCUACUUAAGAGUAAAAUUAUGAAAUUCUUUUCUUUUACCUAGAGAAAAAAAUUAAGAUGUGAAGAUGCAAAGACUUUCAUGUAAAGUAUUCUUUUUUAAAUUAUCUAUUAAAUCACAUUAGUAUUGCUCCUUAGUAUUGGUCAUAACUUCAUGAUUUUUUAAAACAACCAUCUGUUUGGCACUUAGUCAACUACUAUAGGGAAGGGAAUUGUACUCAUUAAGUAUGGAACAUAAAUAGCAUUUUGGAGAUAAACAGGAUUUUAGCUGGCAAGGAGAUACUGUACUUACAGGUAUUGUAUGAAAGUUAGGCUGAGUUUAUCUUAAGGGAUUUUGUUUUCUGGAUUUGGAAAGCAUCAUUAAAAUACGUAGGAACUUAAGGUUUAUGUCAUAAGGAGGGAGUUCUUUGGAAUGCCAUUCUGGGUGAAUUCAGUACAUCUGCAUAAUGCCCAGGCUAGAUUGUAGAACUAAUAUUAGUUCCACUAUUAAAUAUUAGUUCAUUGAUUUAUUCAUACUUUCACUACUGAAGUAGAAGUCAAAACAUAGUUUGUAGUCUGGAAGGUAAUAGUGUAGUUUCAGUGUACAAGGAAUCCUUUUACUGGCUUACUUGUAAAUGUCCUUUCACACUGUAAUAUAGAUGAUAGCAAUGAAAUUAAUUUUAAUAUGUAAGUUCAUGUAAAUUUAUUCAUGUCUAUGUGGAAAGCGGAAUGGGACUGUUUGUCUCCUACUCUUUCUUCUCCUUGGCUGUUUCUCCUCAGACGAUUUUCCCCUGACUUAUUUCCUCGGCUGACAGACCUCUACCCAUACUCCACCGACCUGUGUCCUAGUCUGACACUCCUGCUGUCAGGGUUCCAAAGCAUUCAAAAUUAAAUCAGAGUCCAAGGCAAAGGAUUCCUCAAAGUUCCAAUUUAU